GUAAAAUAUUCUAGUGCAAUGGCUUAUUCGAUCUCUAUGUCACUAGUUCAUAUCAUUGUGUUUCUGUGGAUCCAAAUCAAAAGCGCUUCUCCAUCAGAAUUGUCCUGCAAUGAAUUCGAGCGAUCGGCUCUUCUCAAACUCAAGCAAAGCUUUAAAGAUCCUCUAAACGCGCUCUCUUCAUGGAAAGGCUUCGAUUGCUGCAGUUGGAAAGGAGUCGAAUGCGGCAACUACACCGACCGCAUCAUCGGCCUCAAUUUAAGUAGAAAAUCUCUCGAGGGUGAGAUCAAUCCUUCUUUGCUUGAAUUGAAGCAUAUAAUCUCCUUAGAUCUCAGCUUGAACGAUUUCAACGGGACCGAUAUACCGGACUUCAUUGGUUCGCUCGCGAAUUUGAGGUACCUUAACCUCUCCAACUCUAACUUCGUGGGGUCGGUCCCUCAUCAUCUCGGCAAUCUCUCUCGACUUCAGUACCUUGACCUUGGAUCGGACGAAUCGAUAAGUAUUUCCGGCCUAAGUAAUGAUGAUCUUAGUUGGGUUUCGCGCCUUUCUUCUUUGAGAUAUCUCGACAUGAGGAUGAUUAAUCUCCGCAAGGCUACAAAUUGGCUUCAUGAAGUGAAUGAGCUCCCUUCAUUAUCAGUGCUUAGAUUGUCCUCAUGUAAUAUAUACACCAUACCUCAAUCUAUUUUACAUCUCAACCUUACUUAUCUUACUGUUUUCGAUCUCUCAAGCAAUAACAUUAGGUCAACAUUGCCUGAGUGGUUGUUUAAUAUGACUAACCUCAAUGUUCUUGAUCUUAGUAGAAAUUUUCUUAGCGGUCCAAUCCCCGGCACCUUCCAGAACAUGCCAUUUUUGAAAGUACUUAAUCUUGGUCAUAAUUCUUUAUCUGGCUACAUUCCUUUGUCUAUAGACCAGCUCACUUCCUUGGAAGAGCUAUAUCUCAAUUCUAAUAGAUUAAAUGGCACUCUCCCUCAGAUUAUAGGACAAAUGUCCACAUUAACCAUCUUAAAUGUAUCGUCGAAUCUCUUAACCGGAAUCGUCACGGAAUCGCACUUUGCUAACCUCAGUAGAUUGAACAUACUCAACCUAUCUUUCAAUAACUUCUCCUUGCAGGUGAGCUCCAAUUGGACUCCUCCCUUUCGACUAGAUUCGAUCUACAUGUCUUCGUGCCGAUUGGGUCCUCGGUUUCCUCCAUGGCUAAUCACGCAAAAAGGUUAUGCCAAAUUGGACAUUGGUAACGCAGGAGUCGUAGAUUCAUUACCAACCUGGUUUUGGAGCUUAACGAGUGAGAUCGUGUCCCUGAAUCUCUCUCUAAACCAGAUAAAGGGUAGUUUACCGCCUUCGUUACAUUCUAUAAGCAUCACUUUCAUGGAUUUAAGCUCUAAUCUCUUCGAAGGCCCUCUUCCUCGCCUUCAUCACGGAAUCCAAAUGUUGCAACUCAACGACAACUCGUUCGAAGGGACAAUUCCUUUGGAUUUGGGCCAUGACAUGCCUAUGCUAAGGUGCCUACAACUCUCUAAUAAUCUCUUCCACGGUCCCAUCCCUCGGUCACUUUGUGAAUUGGAUCAACUAGUGGUUCUUUGGUUAGCUAACAACAACCUCACCGGAGCAAUACCCGACUGUUGGAGUAAUCUAGGAGCACUCGAAAUACUCGACUUGGGGAAUAAUAAUUUAUACGGGAGAAUUCCUGAAUCAUUUGGUUACAUGAAUUCUCUUGUUUCAUUGCACUUAAACAACAACGACCUGUUCGGAGAACUCCCUUUAUCUCUGAAGAACUGCACUCUUUUAACUCUUCUUGAUCUCUCCAACAACCAAUUAUCCGGAAACAUACCAACAUGGAUCCCGAAUAGCCUAACCAAUUUGAUUAUCCUUCGUCUUCGUUCAAAUCGAUUCAUCGGUCCAGUCCCGCCCGAGUUAUCUCGUCUUAACUCGCUUCAACUGCUCGACAUUUCGAUAAACAAGCUUUCAGGGACUAUACCAAUAUCUUUUGGGAACUUUACAUCCAUGAAGAAGACGAAAAUGAAAGGAACUCUCCUAGGCGAACCAUGGAGCGGCUACGAAGAACACUUGAUGGUGUGCAUAAACGGGAGGCAACUAAGAUAUACCAAAACUCUUUCUCUAGUCACAAGUGUUGAUCUCUCAAGCAAUAAUUUGUAUGGAGAAAUCCCGAGUGAGAUAACAAGUUUAGUGGGUCUUCUUGUGCUCAAUUUAUCUAAGAACGGGUUAUCAGGAGAGAUCCCGCAAAACAUUGGCAAUAUGGGGUGGUUGGAAUCCUUAGACCUUUCGAAAAACCAACUUAACGGUCAAAUUCCGCCGACGUUGUCAAAUUUGACUUCGUUGACUCAUUUGAAUUUGUCUUUCAACAAUUUGAGCGGGAGGAUUCCGUUAGGGUUCCAGCUACAGACGUUUACCGAUCCUUCAAUUUACGAGGGGAAUAGUGGUCUGUGCGGACCACCGUUAACGGAGGGGUGCUCACAGAGCUCAAUGAACAUUACUUCUUCCAACAGUGGCGGGGAUGAUGGGAUUGGAACAUUGUGGCUCGAGUUGAGUGUGAUAGCAGGGUUCGUUACGGGAGUUGUGGUUGUGUUGAGUGUACUACUACUGCAGAGGUCGUGGAGGCUUAUGUUUUUCGUAGCCGUUGACAAGGCUUUUGAUUGGGUUCAUGCAAAAAUUGGCAGGAGUUCAAAAACAUCGAUCAUUGGUGUAUUUGGAGAAGAUAGAGAGAACUUUUAAGAAGCAAUUUUAUGUAUCAAA